AUCAGCGGCAAUUCUAGUGGUUCCAGUGCCAAAACAACAUUAUAAUGGCCACAGAAACUGACGGGGGCCCCAAUAGACGGGCGGACACAGCCAGCCGCAGUUCGCGCAGUUCGUCUUUGGCGUCGGCGUCGUUAGCGUCCGUUUGAAUGGAACAAGCGGCAGCAAAAUUAUAAAAAUAGAUUACAUUUUUAGCGUCGGAAAGUAGUUGCAGAAAAUUCGAACUUACCCAGAGCUUUCCGACUCUGCAUCACCCAUCCGCUGUCCAAGUGUCGUCAUCAAUGAACAGCGCCGGACCAAUUUAAUUACGAUUCCCUUAUAAACUUUUUGUUUAGCGCGGAAGAGCGUUUAGUUCAAUUCUGUGCGAAGCUGCGUGCGGGCGCCAAUUACUUUUUUAUUUUCCCGAGCGCUUUAUACACUUUUUGUUUCACGUUUCGUAUUUAAUAGUGGAUACACUUUGUCGCCAGGAAACAUAAUAGCUCUCCGUAGUUAACGCAGCCAGGUCUGUCAGAAUGAGUGCUGCUCCUAGUCUCACUGCGUCUGGUGCUCCACGCGAAAUCAGUCUUGGAGCUGAGAUUUUCCACAGCAUUGCAUCCGCAGCUACAGAUGAAAAUGUCAUCAUAUCGCCACUGUUGCUGGAGGCGACGCUGGCGCUGCUCUACCUGGGCUCCGAUGGCGCGACAGCUGAGGAGCUGCAGAGGCUGUUGGAGCUGAAGCAGCGCUUUCCCAGCAAUGCCAAGAUGGCCAAUUUCUAUGCUGCAGAGCUAGCUGCAGCGACUGUCGACAAGGAUACACGCAUUCAGCUGCAGAAUCGCUUGCUACUGCAGGCCAGCGCCGGCACGAGCAUUGCGGAUGACUUUCAGAAAAUUGCACAAACAUAUUUCCAUGCAACGGCCGAGUGCCUCGACCUUCAGCAGUCUGAGAAAAUGCGCCGCUACAUUAGCGAUAAUCUUUUGGCCAGCAUUGGCGGCGGCAACUGGCAGCAGCCGCUCCAGGUGAACGUGAGCCAAGCGGCACAACUGCUGCUGCUGCUCGCGGCGAGGAUUCAAAGCAAAUGGUUUUUGCCCUUUAGUGCCUAUCGCACGGGUCUAUACGACUUUCACAGCUCCACAGGCGCCCCUAAGCCAGUGCCCAUGCUCUUCGAUGACGACAUGUUUGUCAAGUACGCGGAGCUGCGGGAGCUAAACGCCCGCGCCAUUGAGCUGCCCUAUGAGCAUGCCGACGAAUUGGCCAUGCUGCUAAUCCUGCCCAACAAGCGCGACGCCGCGGCCCUGGCAGAGCUGGAAACCCAACUGCGCGCUCAUGAUCUGGGCGCACUGCAGCAGCGUAUGCAAAUGGAGAGCGUUCAGGUGUUGCUGCCCAAGUUUAGCAUCGACUUUGAGUGCAGUCUGCGACAGGCGCUAAAGCAGUUGGGUUUUGCGGAGAUUUUUGGCUCCUCAGCCAACUUCAAGCACUUGCAUUCAGUCGCGAGUCAGCCAAUUGUCGAUAUCCUUCACAAGCUGCGGAUUGACCUAAACGAAUCGGGCUCAGGUUCAGAGUUGCCCCAGCCGGCGACAGGUUAUAAGCCCAUUGUGAUUAGCAAUUCCUCUCGGCAAAAGUUCUUUCGGGCGGAUCAUCCAUUCUUCUUUGCCAUACGCGGCGAGAACGUGACCCACUUUGUGGGGCAUGUGGUUAGUUUUUAGCGGGCAUGCGUCAGCAAUUAUAGUGUAUACACCAGACGGAUAAUAAUAAAUAAAUGAUUGUAAUAAUAAUAAUAAUCCAUCGUCACAACAUCAAAUUAAAAAUGUCUGCUUAAGAUUUUCUAUAACAAGAGUCUCGAGUUUAAUCAAAGAUAUAUGUAUGUAUGUGUAUGUAUAAUUUGUUUGUUGCAGAAAUAGUUCUGUAAUAUACUUUAGUUAUACAAUUAUUGUAUUUUGUAGAGUUUUCAUCGUUUCAUAUAAUUAUGCUUUGAUUUGAUUUUAGGUCUAGGAAAAUUUUAAAUAGAAUCAAAAACAGAAGCACACCGCCCUACCGGGUGUGCUCACAUUGAAUUAACCUAAGGUUAAUUCUAAUAUAUUGAGUUACUUUUACUUAUUAAUGUUUGUAAAUCUAGCUAAAAAAUUGUUUUUACUUUAAAUUCUUUCAUUUUGCUUUGAUGACUUGAAGUUUGAUUCUUGAUGCCACUUACAGAGCAUCUAUAUUUGAUUUGAUGGUGUGUAUUCAUACAAUUAACUUCAUAUAUUUACAAGUAGAUUUUAAAAUUAAAUGUGAAUGGUUCUUAUAAAACAAACAA